AUGGCUCGCAAGUUCUUCGUCGGCGGCAACUUCAAGAUGAACGGGUCCAUCUCGUCCAUCAAGGAGAUUGUCGACAACCUGAACAAGGCCGAGCUCGACCCCAAUGUCGAGGUCGUCGUCUCUCCCUCGUACCUGUAUCUGCUCCUCGUCCGCGAAAGCCUCCGCCCGGGUAUUGAGGUCGCCGCCCAGAACGUCUUCGACAAGCCCAACGGCGCCUUCACCGGCGAGAUCUCCGUCUCGCAGCUCAAGGACAGCGGCAUCACCUGGACCAUCCUGGGCCACUCCGAGCGCCGCACCAUCCUCCGCGAGAGCGACGAGGUGGUCGCCCUCAAGACCAAGUUCGCCACCGAGAACGGCCUGAGCGUCAUCUGGUGCUGCGGCGAGUCCCUGGAGGAGCGCGAGGCCGGCAAGACCAUCGAGGUCGUCAGCAAGCAGCUCGCCGCCCUCAAGGCCCAGAUCUCGGACUGGUCCAAGAUCGUCAUCGCCUACGAGCCCAUCUGGGCCAUUGGCACCGGCAAGGUCGCCACCACCGAGCAGGCCCAGGAGGUCCACAAGGCCAUCCGAGAGUGGCUCAAGACCAACGUCAGCGACAAGGUCGCCGACGAGACCCGAAUCCUGUACGGCGGCAGCGUCAACGAGAAGAACUGCGGCGAGCUCAGCAAGCAGCCCGACAUUGACGGCUUCCUCGUCGGCGGUGCUUCCCUCAAGCCUGCCUUCAUUGACAUUGUCAACUGCUUGAAGCAGUAA